AUGCCGCGCGGUCGUCACCGACAGACCAAGCCCCAUCCAAGCGCUGCUGCUCCUUCCACCUCCGCAUCUGGAGUCGGCACCAGCGGUCCUUCAAGGGUUCCCAGCGGAGCAGGCAACCCUAGUGCGGGCGUAUCAGGCAAAGCUCGAUCCACAUUCAAGAAUCAGGUCUACUCCCAAGCUUUGCCCGUGCAUGUAUCUUCACACGACGAGAAUGGGAAGCGGGCAGGACGCAUAAGACCGCAUGAGAAGGAGGGAUGGUGGGAAUACAUCGCGGCUUUGGUUGGGGCGAAGAGCAAUAAAGGCAAGGGUCGAGCUAGUCAGCAUGAACCACCAACUGCCGAAGACCCGCAGAGGAGCGGAGCGAGCAAGGUGAAAGGAACCUGGGACCCGCUCACUCGGUCAAUUUGGAUCCACGUCACUCCCACCUCUCCCAUCGCGCCUCUCUUGGACCUGCAUUCUUUCCAGGACUCGAGCGCGGCCAGUUUCUCGAGCGCAAGAACAAGACCUCACAGAGAUUCACAAGGGAGAAUAAUCACAGGCAGAAAAGCUCAGACGUAUGCUUCGAGGAAAUUGUGGGAGCGGGGCUUCUUUGGCAAGGGAACGCUGAGCAGAAGCGAGCCUACUUGGAGGGACCGGAAAGUGGGAGAGGUCAGGGUGGAAAGGGAGCGAGCGCGUGGCAAAUUUGGUGAGAAUGUGCUUCUUUUCGCGUGCAUGGAGGAAGGGUCCGGUAAACGGCGCAGACUUUGAGCAUCUUGAGUCGCUUUGUUUAACUGCCCUCCCCUCCCGGGCCUGCUCAUUCUGUAGUCAGCACGGCGGAGGAAUUGACAGCUCAACGUCGACGAGAGCGCAAAGCAGCCAAGAUCGUCCGUGCUCGUUUGGCAGUCCGAGCAGGCACACAGCUGCCAGACGGCAUCGUGGCGCUAGGAGGCGAGCUCAAUUCGGAGGACGAGAGGGUGCUAGAACGCAUCGCUGAGAGGGAACUGGAUAGGGAAGACGUCGAGGGUCCACAAGAUGAGCUGGAAGCGGAAGAAGAGUAUGGGAAGCAUAUUCCUGGACUCAUCUACUUGAGGCCCAAGGACGAACAAGCCCGGUCAGAGCAGCGAGAUGCACAAAGCAACGGCGAGGGAAGCCAAGCAAUGCACACAGGCGAGCAUGUGGAGGAGCAUGUAGAGGAAGAAUGGAUAGAAGUGCAAGAUAUGGAGGUCCUUCAAUUGAACGUGUACGAGGUCUUCUUUCUGGCAGGGAUGCUUGACGUGAUAGAAGUGUCGGACGAGCGAGGUGGCACGCUUGCCAUUUCUGAUCUAUACGCCCUGCUGUGCAGCACGACUCUGAAGCCUGCACACCUGCCGCUCGCGCAACUCGAGACGCCAAGCAUUCAAGAUCUGGAGAACACGGCUCAUCUGUGGGCAAGACCGGACAACCCCUUCUUGGUGCAGUAUGUUGCUUAUCACCAUUUCAGAUCUUUGGGAUGGGUAGUGAAGAGCGGAAUCAAAUUCUGUGUCGACUUUUUGCUGUACAAGAAGGGACCCGUCUUCAGCCAUGCCGAGUGAGUCACAAGUUCGGAAGAGAACAAUGUGCUGCGCUUGGCGCGGUCUAACAUAGACACGGAUGGAAGAGCAGCGCAGCUGAUUGUCUCGCUUCUCACCUUCCUGGCCCUCAACAGAUUCGCAAUUCUCGUCAUCCCAUCUUACGUGGACUCGGCCGACUCGCAAGGGACCAAGAACGAUGAGCUUAACACUUUUUACGGCUCCUCUGCUCCUUCUACUCCAUUCAUCCCGCAUCCGACAUCCGGCGAGAAGUCCUGGGUGUGGUUCAGCACGAUGAACCGGGUUCAGACUCAAGUGCUCAAGACACUCGUGCUAGCUUACGUCACGGUACCUAGGUGCUGCGACGCUGACCCGCAAGAUCUCAGAGAUCCACAACGCUUCGUGCAGAGGUUGAAAGCGGGCGAUCUGUACUCUGUCAGAGAGAUCGCUAUUAGACGUUGGGUGCCGGCUAGGAUGAGAGCGUAG